AUGGCGGACGAGCACAACAACUUGAUGCGACAUGAGCGCGCUUUGGACGAAGAUACGAAUCAGUUCAUACGGUACCUUGGCGAAGCCAGCGUCGCAGCUAGCCAAGCUUGGUGUCGUUCUUUCAGCUCCACCUUCAUGUCCAAACUUCCCAGCGAGCUCCGUGACAUGGUGUUUGACUACACUUUCUCACAAGAUUCUAAACCAUACACACUAUGGUUCGAGCAUGAUCUAUGGGAGUUGCACAAUAGCCACCGCACGAAGUGGAGUGAAGCUGUUGCCAAAGGUGGACCUCCGCCUUUGCAAACAAGGACUUCGUCGGAGAGAGAUUCGCUAUAG